GGCCAAUCACCUGCCGCGUCGCCGUGCUGUACCUGCCUGAAAUCCCCGGGCCAUUGCAUGUAUCCCAUCGCCCUGCAUGAGGAAAUCGACCACCAAGUCGGGCCUCACUUCGACUCAUCCUCGUCGUGUGAUCGCCCGCUGGCCAUCAAUCCGCCCGUUCCCUCCACCUGUUUUCACUCCCGUUUGGCGCUCGAUUCCCUAUCGACUCCUUCGGACCACGUUGGAGCAUGAGGCGUACGACCGUCAUCGUGCCUGCCUAACCACAACCAGUGCUGCUGCCCUCUCCUAACUCUCCACGCUCUCCUCCUAGCCAAAGCCUUGGACCCGUGGCCGCUAGCUAGUCGUCCUACUCGGAGCGUAGAGCGAGACGCUGGGACUCUGGGUUUUCCACUAACAUACUCGCCCUCAUCAUCGUCAUCAACAUCAUCGUCGUCAUCAUCAUCAAUCAUUGUCAUCAUCAUCAUCGUCAUCGUCAUCAUCCUCAUCAUCACUUUCGUCGCUGUCACCAUCCUCACUCCCCUUCCGGCAAGUUGGCGUACGGAAACUUCGGUCUGUGCAGCCACAAAGCGUGCCUUUGAACCACACCCACGCACACGCUUUCCUUUCCUAGCUUCGUUCCACAUCGUGCGCACACCCAGAUCCACGUCGCUUCCUUCCUUCCAUCCUUCUCUCACCGCCCAUCUGCAUUCCAAAUUAGGAAAGGGAAAUUCACCAUAGACUACCACCGCCACCACCGCCACCGCUGGCCAUCGCCGCCGUCAUCGCCCUCGCCUACCUCACCAUCAUGCCACGCGAUCUUCAGCACGAGCUCGACGAUCAAGCAACUGCCCAGACGCUCGAGAGCAUGCCUGGCUUGUCAACCCAGUCCACCUCUCUGAACAUGGCUACUUCUGAAUCCGAGGACCUGUAUUACGACACCGAGGAACAGCAAAUCGAGGGUGUGAGGGUGUAUCCAAAGGCUCUGACGCUGAGCGACCUAGAUGCAUGCUGCAUCCUUGAGGACACCGCGUUUCCCCCGGAGCAGCGGUGCUCCAGAGAAAAGUUUAUCUAUAGGCUGACUGUCGCCCCGGAGCUCUGCCAUGGCCUCUUCACAACUGCUUCCCCAGACUACGAGCCACAGCACCUGAAAACUGCCGAGACUGCCAAAGCAGCAUGCUCAGUGGAAUCUUCGUCGCCUCGGAAGCAGAUCCUCAUCGCCCACGCGAUUGGUACCCUAUCCACCAACAACACUGUCCUCGACGAAGAUAUGGCCCUGCCCCCAGGCUGGAACGAUGCCUCCGUGCCCAAGGACCCAAAGCUGGGUCACAAGCCUGAAGGGCGCGUUGCCAUGUUGCACAGCCUGGCCGUGCUGCCCUCAUAUCAGGGAAAGCACAUCGGCUCAACUCUUUUGAAAGGCUACAUCGAUCUCCUUCGCGCGAGCGGCAAUUACGAUCGACUCGCGCUGCUUGCGGACGACCACCAUGUCAAGUUCUACGAGAAGCACGGCUUCACUAAUUUAGGGCCUAGCAAAGCUGGCUUCGGCGGCGUGUCCUGGAACGACAUGGUCUUGGACUUCAAGCACGGAGCUGCUGCGCAUGACUGACUCGUGCAUCCUCUCUUCAGUAAGCAGAGACUGCUCAAGGCAAAGCCGUUUAAGCAGAGGUCAAGGGGCAUGGCCGGCGGUGCUGGAGGAAAGGGGGGUUAAAGUCGGUCGCGUACGCGAAGAGAGGAUAUUAAUAAAUAAAAAUCGCGCCAUCCGAAUGAACGAAGACGGUGGUCAGCGACUGGGAAAUGGUACACGGCUCGGAAAAAGCUUGAUUGAAUGGAAAGCCUAACAUGGUGGAAAUGGACAAUGUUCACAGGCCCAGCUGUCAAACAUGUAGAUCAGUGUAUGCUGCAUUGCCAACGCCUGAAGCUAUGGUAUCGUCAGAAAGAAAUAAAAGCCGUAACGUAUGUACAGGAGUGCGUUCUAGUGUCCUUUCUUCCAAAUUCA